UUCUACACCACUUCAUAUUUAGUCAUGGAAUCCGUUCUCAUGCACGCCAAGAAGGCUUGUCCCUUCCUCCACGCCAGCUCUGCUUCUACUCUCCGUGGUCUCUCCAAGUCAGGAAUGCCUUCAUCCCGCUCAAUGCUCAUGACUAGAGCACAGGAAUGUCCUGUUAUGGGAAAGGCAAUCCAGACGCGCUCUUUCUCUGCCACAGCCAAGCCUGCACAGGCUGCUGUAGUUCCCGCCAAGAAGGCCUUUGACUACGAGGCUUUCUACAGCGAGGAAUUAGAAAAGAAACACAAGGACAAGAGCUACCGUUACUUCAACAACAUUAACCGCCUGGCUCAGAAGUUUCCUCUUGCCCAUACUGCCAGUGUUGAAGAUGAAGUAAACGUUUGGUGUUCUAAUGACUAUCUUGGAAUGGGAAGAAGUCCAGUUCUUAAGGAUGCCAUGAAACGUACACUCGAUCGCUAUGGUGCUGGUGCUGGUGGUACCCGUAACAUUGCUGGUAACGCAGAUCUUCACCUUCGCCUGGAAUCCGAGCUUGCAGAUUUGCACCACAAGGAAGGUGCUCUCGUCUUUUCUUCUUGCUAUGUAGCCAACGAUGAUACUUUGUCCGUAUUGGGAAGCCGUCUUCCAGGCUGUAUUAUCUUCUCCGAUGCACUUAACCAUGCUUCCAUGAUCCAGGGUAUGCGACAUUCGGGCGCCCAGAAAAAAAUCUUCCGUCACAAUGACAUGGCCCACCUUGAACAACUCCUGCAAGCCGCAGAUCCCUCAGUACCCAAAAUUGUUGCAUUUGAAUCUGUAUAUUCCAUGUGUGGUUCUGUAGCCCCUAUCCGCGAAAUGGUUGCCUUGGCCAAAAAAUACGGAGCAAUUACUUUCCUUGAUGAAGUUCACGCCGUCGGCAUGUACGGACCGCGCGGUGCCGGUGUAGCUGAACAUCUCGACUAUGACCUCAACUCCCGUCAUCCAACUAUGGGUAAUGGAAGCAUCAUGGACGAAAUUGAUAUUAUCACUGGUACCCUCGGAAAGGCCUUUGGUGUUGUCGGCGGUUACAUUGCCGGUUCUGCCGGUUUUGUUGAUCUGGUGCGCUCUUAUGGCCCCGGAUUCAUCUUUACCACUUCCCUCCCUCCCGUUGUUGUGUCGGGAGCACUCGAGUCAGUCAAAUACCUCAAGAGCUCUCAGCUCGAACGCCAGAGACAACAAUUGAACACUCGCACAGUGAAGAGUCGCCUGGCUGAUCUUGGCAUUCCUGUAGUACCCAACCCUUCCCACAUUGUACCAGUCCUGGUUGGUGAUGCUGCCGCUGCCAAGAUGGCCUCUGAUGAGUUGUUAUCCGACCAUCGCAUUUACGUCCAGAGCAUUAACUACCCCACCGUUCCUGUCGGACACGAACGUCUCAGAAUCACUCCUACUCCUGGUCACACUCCCGAGAUGGUCGAUAGCUUUGUUGAUGCUAUCGAACAGCUCUGGAAGCGACACGACUUUAAGCGUGUUGAUGACUGGACUGCCCAAGGAGGCUGUGCCGGUGUUGGUGUUCCCGACGCUCCCCUCGUUACUCCUGUUUGGUCUGAUGCCCAACUCUUCCCCAACAAGGAAGCCGAAGCCCUUCAGAGCGUUUUGAAUGAAUAAUAAUAAAAAAUCAUAGCCUUUGUGCUGAUUUUUUUUUCUUAAUAAAAAAUAAAACUCAGUCAAAUUCAUGACUGCCCUAUUGCCUUCUUCAUU